CGGAAAAGGGGGGAGGCAACACUAAAUCUGACAACUUUGUGCAUUCUGACACGCUGGCAUGAGACGAUGUUCGAACUCGUCCCCCACGCGUAUCCUAAUGCAUUAAUGCCUUCAGCUUUUUAGUCUGAGCCACUCUUGCAGUGGUAGCUACCGAAUAAUUUAUAAAAUGGAAACACGUUUUUUAAAGAAUAAUGUCAUUGCAUGCAAUCUAUUGUCGUUGAGAUCGAGUGAUGGAAAGAUCUCUGGGACAUCAGGUUGUAUUCCUUGUUUUCUCAGCUAAAAUAUACCAUGACAGCUACUGAAUAACGUAUAGAAUGGAGAUGCGAUAUUUAAAGAAUAAUUAAAUAGCAUUUAAUCUAUUUUCGUUGUGAGUGACGAAAAGAUUUCUGGGACGUCAGGUUGGGUUUUACUUCUGUGGCCUGGGACGACCGACGAGUGACGUCAGUUGGCGUUAAGGGAUUUUCUCCGCUAUUGUCGAAUCCAGAACAGUGACAACACUCGCGAAAUGAUUGGCGCACACUUCAGUUCAGCAUUCAUAACAAACUGGUUGUGAGAGCCCGAUUUUUUUCUUCCAGACAUCGUUCACUUUUCUCACUCCACACGCCUUCAAAAUGCUGGACGAACGAGCUCCCUCGCCCUGUUUCAACGAGGGCGAUUUGUCCAAGGACUUCGGCUUAGACAUCACAGUAUCCGACGGGGGUCUGGUCUCAUCAGCAGCCAAUCAGCGACAGUACCAGUCGGAAUGCACUCGGAUCUAUCAGCAGUUCGUCCUCAAUAUGGCGGACUACAUCAACGAAGAGGCGCAGCUGAGAAAGACGCUGACGUUGUUACAGAGCCAGCAAAAGAAAACACCGAGGCAGACAAUAGGGAGAAUUACUCCACACAUACCGAAGACCCCAGACAUCCCAGACGAAGACGCGUUCACGGCUGCUCAGCUGGAGGAGUUCCAGAAUAUUCUGCAGCGAGAGAAUUGUCGGAGCAAGCUAAGUCAUGCUAGUGGCUUCGCAGCCGCGGAUGUCACGACCCCUGACGGACCGGUGAGGGGCCAGACACCCAAGUCAGGGCAUAGGCGGAGUAUAUCGUCUCUGGUGAACCAACCUCCUGUCACUCAUAUGUUCCCGGCUUUAAAGGAACGCCCUCCGUCCGUAAAAGCUACUCAGCUGAAGCGGGAGACUAAAGGCUCUACAUCCGGGGAGGAAGACAAAAAACGAGCCACGCCCUCUAGUCCUUUCGCCCCUCCAGAAGUGGAAUACGACGGUAUCAUGGAAUCCAACACGGAGCUCUCCAACAAUCGGAGAAUUCGCGUGAACCCCCGGGCUUUCACUAGACUUAUGACAGAUGGCCAAGUGAAGGUCAAGCUCUUAAACAAACACGGAGACUUCGUCUUGACCCCACUAAUGUCUAAUGUGGCUGUCCUCACACCGGAAGAAACUGAAAAGCAGUUGCUGGACAAUAAAGAAAAAAUAGCUCUCGUGAAACAGAGGACUACGUUCCAGUCCCCUACCUUAUCCUCGGACUUGAAAAUCUCCAACUUAGUAGCUAUUCAAAAAGCUCUGAAGGGCCAGACAGCAAAGCGUGUGACCGUAGGGGAGGUAAUGAGAAGCGCCCGGGAUAGACGGGCGAGACUGUUCCGCGUGCAGAUGUCCGGGAACCGAUUCGACGAGUUUGACCAACAACAGGAGGACCUGGGCUACGUGCAUGAGGUCAAGGCCGCCACGGAUCUCGGAGAAGACGAAACGGACGCUCGACCGCCGUCACGCGCGAGACACAUGCAGGUCAACAUCCUACGUCAGCAGGAAAACAGACCAGAGUCGCGCCUGCGAUCACCAACACCGAUCCCUCUCCACGUCCUUGACCCUAAAGCGGCUCACGCAGUGUCAAGGGCGAAUACGCCCGGUCUCCCUAAGCAAGUGUCCGUGGACUUUUCCUGCCUGGAGGUACAUGUCGGUGGGUCAGAUUACGAGCAUCGCUACGCGCAGGCCGUGGAGAAGAACAAGCCAAAGGACAGACAGAAACCUAAGAUGUCCGUCAUACAGUUGGGUUUUGACCAGCCAGACGCAGCCACUGGCUUUGAUGACGUACCAGAGAACUCUCUCGGACAUGUACCCAGUGGAGUAUUUCCUGUCUCUCAGCACUCCCGGGUCAUGAGGUCCAAGUCUGCGGUGUCGGCCCCAGGCCAGAGGGCGAAACGAGCAGGGACAGCCACGUUGAGGUCCGAACUGAAGACCCCCCACGGAGGCGCUACAUCUCCACCACCAGCAUCGCCUCCCGUGAAGAAGAUCAACAGUAUGAGGGACACGGCCACGAUCGUACGCCGGUGGCAAGAGGAGGACAGAGAGAGGGAGGAGAAGCUGAACAGAUGGAGGAUGAGGAUGUCUUUUGCGGCAACGAGGAAAGGGAACCUCACCAAAGUGCUCACCAGGGCUAAAAGUGGGAAGUAAACGUUGCAUUAGAAUCAAAAUUAAUUGGUUUCGCGCACUUACUUGUGCUAUGUCUUGUCUUUUUGUGCGCUUUUGUAACCAGAGAGAGAGAGAUUCGGUCUACAAAAAGAAGUUGGUUAAAAGGAGGAGAGUGGCGAAAAUGUGAUUUGACUGAAUGCAUAGUAUUAUUAUUAUUCUGACUAUCUUG